GUGACUCAGUCACACGUGUCAUUCAUGUGCCCUUCUUAGCUUUUUUGUGCAGUUGUGUAGUGUAGGAAGCAACUUCUCCCUCUCUCUCUCUCUCUCUGCAAAAACUUCUUCUUUAGCCAAUUGCUUUCGCAAAAUGUCGGGGAAGAGAAGGAGGAAGUUGAAAUUGUUAAGCGACACAAUCACAAAUAAUGGAAGAGCAGUUGUUGAGGUAAAAAGUGAAAAUUUGGAAUUGCAAUCCUGGGCUGAUCUCCCUGCUGAACUCCUAGAAUUGGUCUUGUCUCGAUUGGUCCUAGCGGAUAACAUCCGGGCUUCUUCUGUUUGCAAGAGAUGGCAUUCUGUUGCGAGUGCUGUACGUGUAGUAAAUCAAUCACCAUGGCUUAUGUAUUUUCCAAGAUUUGGUGACUGUUAUGAAUUCUAUGACCCUGUGCAGCGUAAGACACACUCCCUUGAGUUGCCCGAGUUGAAUGGAUCUAGAGUUUGUUAUACCAAGGAUGGUUGGUUAUUGUUAUACCGGCCUAGAACUCACCGAGUAUUCUUCUUUAAUCCCUUUACUAGGGAGCUGAUUAAACUGCCAAGAUUUGAGAUGACAUACCAGAUUGUUGCCUUCUCUUGUGCUCCAACAUCACCCGGCUGUGUUCUGUUUACUGUUAAGCAUGUUAGUCCUACUGUUGUAGCUAUUAGCACUUGCUAUCCUGGGGCAACAGAAUGGACCACUGUUAAUUAUCAAAAUCGCUUGCCCUUUGUCAGUAGCAUUUGGAAUAAGCUUGUGUUUUGUAAUGGGUUAUUUUAUUGUCUGAGUCUCACAGGUUGGCUCGGUGUGUUUGACCCAGUUGAAUGUACUUGGAGUGUCCUUGCAGUACCUCCACCCAAAUGCCCAGAGAACUUUUUUGCCAAAAACUGGUGGAAGGGGAAAUUUAUGACGGAGCAUGAAGGGGAUAUAAUAGUAAUUUACACAUGUUGUAGUGAAAACCCCAUUAUUUUUAAGUUAGAUAAGACAUUAAUGAAAUGGGAAGAGAUGACAACACUAGAUGGAGUAACGCUUUUUGCUAGUUUUUUGUCAUCACAUUCAAGGACUGACCUCGUAGGAAUAAUGAGGAAUAGUGUCUACUUCUCUAAAGUUCGUUUCUAUGGAAAGCGUUGUAUAUCAUUCUCUCUUGAUGAAUAUAGAUACUAUCCCCGUAAACAAUGUCAUGACUGGGGAGAACAAGACCCUUUUGAGAACAUUUGGAUUGAGCCACCUAAGGACUUCUCUGCUUGCAUGUGAAGAAUUUUAGUGAACAAAGCUUUUGUUUCAACGAGAAGUCCUAGUGCAGAACAUGUGAAUAUUUGGAAGCAUGCUAAUGCUAUGUUUGCAGCUGCAUAUAGGAGGCUAGUAUAUGCAUAAAACGGAAGUUAUAUGUGAAGGAAUGGACCUCCGGAAGAGGAAAGCAUAAAAGACUUGCCUCGGUUAUUUUGCCUUUGCAGAUCCUGGAACAUUAAUAUUUUUUACCCCAACACAGCAGCAGAAAACAUUAGAUUUUAUGCUAAUUUAGAGAUUUGUUAGUUAUUAUUUUGGGAAUGAUCCGUAGUUUAUUACAUGUGAAAGAAUGGACUUAUGCAAAGAGAGAAGCGAAAAAUACUUGCCUUAUUGGUCAUUUUGUCUCUGCAAAUCCGGAAAUAUUAAUAUUUCUUACGCCCAACAUAGCAGUGCUUAUGGAGAACACUGAACAUUAGAGUUUUUAUUAAUAAAGAUAAUUAUUAAUUAA